AUGAUCGAUUUGAGCCAAACCUGGAUUACGGACUCAUUUCCCGAGUUUGGUCUCAGUAUUGAGUGGACAGCACUCGUAUGGAUGCCAUCCCUUCUAUUAUUUGUCACAUCACUGUAUGAAUGGCACAAUCGGUCGCCAGAAGUGAUCACAUCCAGGGGUUCAUCACAUCCCACGACAUGGACUCUACUCUCCAUCACUAAAAUUGCACCGAUAGAGUCGAGUAUAAAUAAUUCUAGUCCCGAAAAUAAGUCAUCAUUUUUAUCUCGACUCACAUUUUCAUGGUUUACACCAAUGAUUAUGAAUGGCUAUCGGAAACCAUUGACCACUGAAGACAUGUGGUCGCUGUCCACACAGAAUCGGACCAAUGUUUUCAUCAAACAAUUCAAUAAACAUUGGAAACCAAUACAACAAAACAGUGGCAAACAUGGCAUCAAUAUAUUUCCAGCGAUACUAAAGACCUAUUGGCCAACACUAUUAAUCAACGCUUGUAUACUAUUGGCGGUCAUUUCAUUAACAUUGACUCAACCCCUAGUACUCGACCGACUCAUAACAUUCAUCACAUCCCAGACCAACACGAGCUCAGACACCGGCGAACCCAUUUGGAGGGGAUAUCUAUACGCCUUAGCUAUGUUUGCGUCGCUUGUGUUGGCAUCGGUGCUGAACAUUCACUACAAGAGCCGACAGGACCUGUUGUUCAUGAAAAUCAAAACUUGUGUUACAUCCGCGCUGUACGAGAAGUCCCUACGACUGUCCAGCGCUGGUCGCCAAGACUUUUCCACCGGCGAUAUCGUUAACCUAAUCACCGCUGAUAUGAAUCAUUUGAUUGAAUUUUUCUACUUCUUGAACAAUCUAUGGCUGAGUCCCGUAACCAUAAUCAUCGCCACGUGUUUACUAUGGGCACAGUUGGGCGCCGCCACUCUGGCCGGCGUAGCCAUAAUGGUGUUAGUCGUGCCAAUCAAUUCAUAUCUGAUGACCCGCGAGCACCAGCUGUGGGCGAAGUUACCCGAGUAUAAGGACAAGAGAGUGUCGGCCAUUACCGAGAUUAUCAAUAACAUCAAGGUGUUGAAGCUAUACGGCUGGGAACCGGCGUUUCUGACCCGUGUGUUUGGCCACAGGGCUCAGGAGUGCCAAUUGUUGAACGUAGUAAUGGUGAUGAGCGCUAUAUCUAGUAGUAUUGUAACUGCCGCACAAUACAUGGUUAGUUUAUGCAGUUUUAUGGCAUUCCUAUACAUGUCUAAUGAGAAUAUUCUGGACGUGAAUAAAGCAGGAACCGAUUAUAAUGAUCCCAGCGAUGGUCACUUAUACAGUAACCGUAAGUUAUUAGUCAAUUAUGGUAGAGUUUCAGUGAAGCGAAUGAAUGCUUAUUUAAACGCUAAGGAAGUGAAUGAGAGUUUCGUUGAACACAAACCCAAUCAAAGGACUCCUAUUGUCGUCAAAAACGGUUCAUUCAAAUGGGAUAACAAUUGCAACGAUUCUGUGCUCAAGAAUAUCAAUAUAGAGAUAGAGAGGCAGUCAUUGGUGGCAGUUGUGGGUCGUGUGGGCGCCGGCAAGUCGUCCCUAUUGUCGGCUCUAUUGGGAGAUAUGGAGAGAAGUGAGGGCUCUGUGAAUGUGAGCGGACGGACAGCUUAUUGUCCACAACAGGCGUGGAUUCAAAACACAACUCUUCGACAGAAUAUUCUGUUUAACAGUAAAUAUAAUCCGGAAUUUUAUGACAAAGUUCUCGAUUCGUGUGCUUUAAGACCCGAUUUAGCAGUUCUUUCGGCCGAAGAUAUGACAGAAAUCGGGGAAAAAGGGAUCAAUUUGUCCGGCGGUCAGAAACAGAGGGUUUCACUCGCGAGGGCUGUCUAUUCCUCGGCAGACAUAUAUCUAUUGGACGAUCCGUUGAGUGCUGUCGACCCACAC